AUGGAGCAGCACCAGGGGCAAGCUCUCGAAAAUCCCUUCCACUGCCUCGAUAGAGCUGCCAAGGAAGCAAAAACUGCUUUCGCUCGCGCCUAUAUUCGCCAUGGCUAUAUCGGCGGAUAUGCGACGUCCCUUAUUGGUGGAAAGAGGACGACGAGUAGCAACAAACUUGUCUUCAUGAGUGGAGACAGGAGCACCGAGAUUGAGCUUCUUCGUGGAGGGAAAACUCAACAGUUGAAAUUGCCCGACGCAAAUACAGUUUCUAUUCUCUCUGUUACUGCCAAAGACCAACCAGGGCGUGUUGAGGAGACCCCAAUCCCUAUCGUUGCACCCUCCGUCCUCGUUCCCACGAAGAUCAAGAGAUGGUCGUUCUUGGCCGAUUCCACACGGCCGAAAAGCAUCACAAAAGCAGCGAGAGACGUUCAGGACAUUGAGAUACUCUUGCGUUGGCUCGCCAAAAACGAUCUUUACAUUGACUUCGAGGGUUAUCCGGAAAAGCAAGAGCAGGAGCAUCUCUCUGGGGUUCGCAAAUUGUACCAGAUGCAUGCUACAAUUCGCCUUUUGCUUGAGAUCACAUUGAAAGUGGAGAGUUUGCGUUCAUUGACAACUGGUCAGCUGCUCAAUAGACCGACAGUCUCGAACGACAGAUUCAGCAAUGCAUAG